GUCGCGACCCGUGUAUCCGUGUAAGGAGCCGCGGACUGCAUGUCCAAGGCCGGACGUGAAAGCAUUCACAGUCCGAGCACGAGUCACGUUAGGAGGUGCUGCGUCACGCCGUGUGGCGGGGGUCUCUGGUUCGAUACCAGCUCCGAGGUCUGGAGCUUGCUACGACACUGGAGGCCCCUCGCACGUACGGCGCUACGUCAGAGCACCGCCUUCACUUGGCAUGAGCACUGGCAAGGACGCUCCAGAGCUAUCGCCCGACCGCGCAGGAACGCGCAUGCGCCGUAGUGUUCCAGUUCCCGUGGUGCGCCCGCGCACUUCUUCGCAUUUCCGUUACUCUCUGUAAAUCUCACCCUCAUCGCUCCAGAAUCACCAUAACUUCAAAAAAGGAAAUAACUAUUACGGGCGUGUGACGGCGUGUGACGGCGUGUGACACGGCGUGUGACGGCGUGUGACACGGCGUGUGACGGCCGCGGAGCGGACACACGCGGCCAUGGCGCGCGACAAGCAGCAGGGGUACCGCGCCGGCCGCGAGACGCAGCCUGGGGUCUUCAGGGUGGCAGCACCCUCCUCCGUGCCGCGGCUGUGGUGGUACCUGGCGGGGGCGGCUGCGGCGCUGCUGUGCGUCACCGUCGUGGUGCUGUCGGUGGUGCUCCCGGGACUGCAGAGCGGUGCGGAGGCCCCGCUGGCGGGCGCCCGGGUGCUGGACGUGGUGCCCCUGAUAGACGGCCACAACGACCUCCCGUGGAACCUGCGGACCUUGGCGAAGGACCAACUGAGGAACUUCAGCUUCGACUCUGACCUGUCGAGGGACCCCGUGUGGAACUGCUCCAGCUGCUUCACGGACCUGCCGCGCCUCCGGAGGGGCAAGGUGGGGGGCCAGUUCUGGGUCGCCUACGUGAGCUGCAGCAGCCAGUACAAGGACGCCGUGGAGCAGACGCUGGAGCAGAUAGACGUCAUCAAGCGGCUCGUGAAGGCGUACCCCGACGACCUGCAGUACGCAGACUCCGUGCAGGGAGUGUGGGACGCCUUCAAGGCAGGGAAGAUAGCCAGCCUGAUAGCGAUCGAGGGCGGACACUCCAUCGACAGUCGGCUGGCCGUGCUGAGGCUCAUGUACGAGGCGGGCGGGAGAUACCUCACGCUCACACACACGUGCAACACUCCCUGGGCGGCUGGUUCGCCGGUGGACGCAGCUGUAAACAAUUCGGAAUACACUGGACUCACCGAAUAUGGAAAGAUUGUCGUGAAGGAGCUGAACCGGCUCGGCAUGAUGGUGGAUCUGUCGCACGUGUCGAAGCAGACCAUGGUGGACGCCAUCGGCGUGUCGGAGGCUCCCGUCAUAUUCUCCCACUCUUCGGCGUGGACACUUUGCAACCACCACCGCAACGUGCAGGACGACGUGCUCGGGAUGCUGGCAAAAAAUAAUGGAAUUGUAAUGGUCAACUUCUACACCGAGUUUGUCGCAUGUAAUGGAACUAAUGCUACUCUGGAAACGGUGGUCGAACACAUAAAUCAUAUUCGCACCGUAGCUGGUGUGGAUCACGUAGGCAUCGGCUCAGAUUACGAUGGUGUGAACAGCGUGCCGGCGGGCCUGGAGGACGUCUCCAAGUACCCGGACCUGUUCGACCGCCUGGCCGACGCCAGGCCGGGGGAGCCGACCUGGACCGCGGAGGACCUCAAGAAGCUGGCGGGCCUCAACCUGCUCCGGGUGAUGGCCGACGUGGAGGAGGUCCGGGACCGGCUCGCUGCCGAGGGGGUGCAGCCGUACGAGGACCGGGUUCCCGCGGCCGCGCUGUGCAACAACACUGACUGCCGCACCGACCUGUAGGGACGCUCACGAACAAGCGGCUGUGACCGAGCCGUCUCGUCACGCCCUGCGCCAGCGACAGCGACUUCCAGAGUGAAGAUUUUUGCCUCGGAACUGUUCUCGUGAAUAAACGAUGAAAGGGGGAUGAAAGGGGGGUGAAAUGUGGUACAAGAUGAACUGCCCACGUUGCAUUGGUGCAUACACACUAUACAGCAACCAAAUGAAACUGCCUCUGGGAAUUACUUCUUCUAGACACAUUACACAAUACAAGUGCAAAGACUUUUAUUUUAUUAAAAAAAAUUGGCACUUCAUUUUGAGCUGUUCAGAAGUAUUGUUUAUUAAACCAGUAUUAAAAUAUUUGUUUGUUAGAGAGUAUACUUACAUGUACUGAGCUGGAUUCAUUUUCAUUUUAUUGUCAAAUGAUUCAAUAAUUGUAAUUAACACCCAGACAUUUAUUUGUUAGAUAUAAUACUGUAUUUAAUUAAAUUACUUUAUCUCUGAGAACUGUAUUUAAGUUUAUAAUAUUUUUAAGAUCCUAGUGCUAAGCCAAGAAGAAGAUCAAAAAGAAUAUCAUUGUUACUCCAAACAUGACUGACUCUUGUUGCACCCAUUAUAUGAAAUAAGUAUAUGUACAUUGUUAAAAAUAAAUAAAUAAAUAGCUCAA